AGCCAUCUCGGCCCAGGUCCUGCUGCCGUAGAGGUUUGCCCCGCCCUCGCAGCCUCGCUGCCUCGGAGCCUCGCGGCGCCAUGGCGAAGUUCACCAUGUCCGACGGGACCAACGGCAUGCUCCGGGGGCAGGCCAAUCCGUCCGACGCCUUCCAGAGGGCGGACCCGAGCAUGCCGAGGAGGAACUACGCCACGGACACCGAGCACGAGCGGACGGUCGUGGGGAGGCCGCAGAAGACGCACGCGGACAGCACGGGCUUCACGUCCCAGUGCGCUGGUCUGGCGACGGACUCGACCAUCGAGAAGGCGAUCACCGACAAGCUCACCCAGACCAUGCAGCAGGGGAUCAAGGACGGGUACAAUGCGCGCAUGGCGGAGGAGGGGGAGAACCACGAGGUGACCGCGGCGGAGAUAGACGAGAAGGAAGACAAGGCCAACUGCGAUGACGACGAGCUCGAGCUCCUCAGAGCCCGGAGGAAAGAGCAGAUGAAGGCGGCGAUGGAGAAGAAACAGAAGAACCAGCAGCUUGGUCAUGGCACCUACGACGAGAUUGCUGAGGAAGACUUCCUGAAGACCGUGACGUCGUCAGACCUGGCCGUGGUGCACUUCUACCAUAAGAUGUUUGAGAAAUGCAAGAUCAUGGACAUGCACCUCUCCAGGUGCUCGAAGAAAUUCUUCGGCACCAGGUUUGUCAGGCUGGACGCCGAGAAGGCUCCGUUCUUCGUGGACAAGCUGAGGAUCAAGACCCUGCCGUGCGCGGUGUUCUUCAAGGACGGGGUCGCGGUGGGGCGGCAGGUCGGCUUCGAAGGCCUGGAUGGCGACGAGUUCCGGACGCAAGACCUGGCGUGGCGGAUCAAGGAGUCUGGAGGCAUCGAGGAGGACUUCGACCCAGAGGACGAGAUCGUCUGGUGAGCUCGAGCGGAGCCCACGCACCCCGAGUAGGGAAUCGAAUGCAGAAUUGAUUUACCCCAAACUUGAUCUUCUCGUCGAGUGUGCUCUCUCUCUCUCUCUCUCUCUCUUUAUCUCCCAUCUCGCCGCCCCCUCUCCACCCCAUGCAGCAUCCUCGCCCUGUGAUCUGCGCGCCCCCCCUGUCUUGGAGAGCCCGGGCUGCGCCCCGGGCCGUGCUGGACUGCCCUUGAGUAUACGAUCUGUGCUGUAGGCCCCUUCCGGCGGCGGGUGCGCCACUUCCUCGCGUGCCCAGUUUUCGACGUGCACCGCCGCACGCUGGGAGCGUGUGGUGGGCGGGCAUCUGAGGAGGCGCGCGUCAGUUCUGAGCCCCCGGACAUCCGACGAUGUGGUGUUUUCAGUGCGCGGCUACAGAGGUCCCGACCCCCUCCCUGGGGGCAGGCGUCUGUCCCGGAUCCGUUCUUGAUGGUGUCGGGGACCGAUACAAGGAAGGGCCCAGAGACCAGGAUCGAGGACAGCGCGGGGAUUGAACAGACCAUGUCGUUGGAGAUCUGAGAGAGCCGUGCAUGUACGAUCCAGAUGUACUGACACUUGCUGCGCUCGAAGGGCAAAACACAUCCUGGCGGA